UAAAAAAAGUUAAUCUUUACUAUUGGAGAUCAAAAAUUAGCAACAGAAAAUCAUUUCAAAAAACAUUGGUAGAAAAUUUAUUUUGAAAUUUUCUUUGAAAGCUGACAGUGUGAAGGAAUUUCGUGCUCAAGCUUUCUGUUUGUUUUAUAGUCUGAAUCUAAGAACUACCUGCUGUAUUUAGAAAAAUGGCUCCGCCAUCCUACGUAGAUAUUGGAAGCUGGGCACGUAAUGUUCUUACUAAGGGUUACCACUUUGGGUUAUGGAAGAUUAUGUGCAAUGCGAAGACGACUGCUGGUCUCGACUUAAACUCAACUGGUUACUCCAAAGAGGAUGAUGGAAAAGUUUUUGGUCAACUUGAUUCAAAGUAUGUAAUUCCUGAUUAUGGUUUGACUUUGAUUGAAAAAUGGAAUACCGAUAAUAAGUUAUUCGCCGAAGUCUCAUGUUCUGACAAAAUUGCUGAAGGGGUUAAAGUUGGCAUCAAGGGCAGUUAUGAAUUGAAUACACGUGAGAAGGAAGGUAAGAUAUUCGGUGCAUAUUCGCAUGAAAAUGUCAAGUUUGACAUCAGUUGUGACAUUGAUACGAAUGGUCCAAACGUUGAUGCAUCACUUGUUUUGGGUUACAAUUCCUUUCUGGGUGGCCUAUCAACUCAACUUAAUACACAAGACUGGAGUUUAAAUAAAAAUAAUUUUGCUCUUGGUUAUGAAAAGGAUGAAUUGGCCGUUCAUGUAGAGCUUAAAGACUUAGAAGAAUUCACUGGAGCAAUAUAUUAUAGAUGUGCUGAUAAUAUCGAAGCUGCACUGCAGGGUAACUUCAAAUCAGAAGGUGAAGAAAAUAAGCUAAGUAUUGGUGCCGUGUAUCAUCUAGAGGAUUCAUCUGCAAAAUUACGUGCUAAGAUCAAUACUGAUGGUCAAUUGGGACUUGGUUAUCAGCAGAAAGUACGAGACGGUGUAACGUUCUUUCUAUGUGGUUUGAUUGAAGGUACAGACAUUGGUGGUGGUGCCCACAAACUGGGAGCUGCUGUUGAAAUUAGUGCUUAAAUAUUUAUUUGUUAAGCUAAUCGAAGUCUUUGUAAGUUUUGCAUGAAACUACUUAAAUCAAAAUCUGAAACUUUCAAAUUGGUCAAAUCAUUAUCAUAAAAAUUUAAUUACAUUAAUU